ACAUCGUGCAUAAUAUUUUCCACGGGAGGAAAUUUUUCGCACCAAACCCAAGUCUCUCCCUCUCUCAUCGAAUUAGUUCUGUGAUCUACCAAUUCUCAGUAAUUUAGGGAUUUAGAUUUCGCAUUCUUCUUCUUGCUGUUGCUACUGCUGAUUCAUCGUAUAUCUCUUUUUCUUUCUCUCAAUGGCGGUAGCGACAGCGGCAGCGAGCAGUUUCGCCGGCUCAGUUCCGUGUAGGCAAAUGCAAUCGACUCCGUCGUUUUCUUCUUCUUUUUGGUGUGGAUCGCGAGUGUUGAAUAAUAACGGGAAGAAGGAGAAGAAUAGGAAUUCUUCUCUGGUUUUUGAUAGAGCAGUACUUUCUUUGAGAUGUGAAGCUGUUUCUCAGAAUUUGAAUCCUAUUGAUAAGAUUGACUCCAAAAGUUCAAAUCUUAUCGCUCUUGAGCAACUCAAGGCUUCCGGGAUUGAAAGAUAUACAAAGGAAAAGAGCAGCAUUGCUGUCAUAGGGCUAAAUGUGCACACUGCACCAGUUGAAAUACGGGAGAAACUUGCCAUUCCGGAAGCUCAGUGGCCUCAAGCCAUUAAUGAGCUUUGUGAUUUGAAUCAUAUAGAAGAAGCUGCUGUUCUUAGUACUUGCAACAGAAUGGAAAUAUAUGUUGUGGCUUUGUCUCAACAUCGAGGGGUUAAAGAAGUGACUGAAUGGAUGUCUAAGAUUAGUGGGAUUCCUAUUUCAGAGCUUUCCGAGCAUCGUUUUAUAUUGUAUAAUGAAGAUGCUACAAGACACCUAUUUCAAGUAGCUUCUGGACUUGAGUCCGUUGUUCUAGGAGAAGGUCAAAUACUUGCCCAGGUUAGACAAGUUAAAAAACUUGGACAAGGAGUAUCUGGCUUUGGCAGGAAAAUCAGUGGGCUGUUUGAACAUGCAAUCAUUGCAGGGAAGCGUGUUAGAACUGAAACCAACAUUGCCUCAGGGUCAGUUUCAGUUAGUUCAGCUGCUGUAGAGCUUGGCCUGACGAAGCUUCCUGAGUCUUCUUAUGAUUCUGUUAGGGUUUUGGUAAUUGGAGCUGGCAAGAUGGGGAAACUAGUGAUUAAACACUUGGCUGCAAAAGGGUGCACCAAAAUGGUGGUUGUAAAUAGAACCGAGGAAAAAGUUGCUGCUAUCCGAGAGGAGCUCAAGUAUGUUGAAAUCAUCUAUAAACCACUUACAGAAAUGAUGGCCUGUGCUAGUGAAGCUGAUGUGAUUUUCACAUGCACCGCAUCAGAUGCUCCUUUGUUCUUGAAAGAACAUGUGCAGAGACUCCUUCCUGUGGACCCCAAAUUUGGAAGGCGAUUUUUCAUUGAUAUUUCUGUCCCUAGGAAUGUAGAACCAUGUGUAUCAGAUCUGGAGACAGCAGAAGUCUACAAUGUGGAUGAUCUCAAGGAAGUUGUGGCAGCUAAUAAGGAAGAUCGGCUCAGGAAAGCUAUGGAAGCACAAUCAGUUAUUUCAGAAGAAUUACGUAAAUUUGAAGCUUGGAAGGAUUCCCUUGAGACUGUUCCGACCAUCAAGAAGUUGCGUGCUUAUCUCGAAAGGAUCAGAGCUUCUGAACUGGACAAAUGUUUGUCGAAGAUGGGCAACAUCUCAGAGAAACAAAAAAAGGCUAUCUAUGAUCUUAGCAUGGGUAUUUUGAAGAAGUUCCUUCAUGGUCCAAUGCAGCACCUUAGAAUUGAUGCAAAUGACUGCCGUAAGCCAGAAGAGGUACUUGAGGUCAUGCAUGCCGUCAAUAGAAUGUUUGACCUUGAGACAGAGAUAAUUUUGGAGACAGUUCGAACAAAGGUAGAACGAACUAAGAAGUAAGCUCUUCAGACUGGAUUCUAGUUCACUUUCGCUGUGAUUAUCCCAUGAUAUUAGAAUCAGAGAGGCCUUCUCACCAUUUUAUUGCCAUACUACAUUUAGAUAGAAUAGCAAAUACAUCUGAAGACUUCUCCUCCUUUUCCCAGACAGAAGGAACUGGUCAGUACCGGAGAUUCAGUGUUCUGUACUGUAGUUAUUAUACAGCCAUGACAGUGUGAAAAAUUCUGAAGAGAAGCUUGAUUUUUGCAUCAACUUAUACUAAUAAUUGACGGAAUUCAUUCAUGCGAUUAUUCUCUGUGCCAUUCUAAGUUCAAAGAUGUCGGUAACACUUGAACAUUCAUUUUCUUGAAUCAUUGUAUUUACCAAUUGAAAUUAUUGGAUUCUUGAUAGCGAAUUACACAUUUGUAAUGAUCUAUAAAUUUAUUCAUUUUGAGAAGAGAUCUAAAAAUGCUCUCCUUCAUGUUUACUAACUGGGUUUGUCUGAGUUUAAGCUUUAUUACAUUGAUUUCACGAAUUAAUGUAUUUUGUUAGACUUAUCUGA